AUGGACGCGCUGCCCAUCUACCAUGGGGGCAUCACCCGUGAGGCUGGGGAGAAGCUGCUGCUGGCAGCGGGUACUGAUGGCAGCUACCUGCUGCGGGACAGCGAGAGCAUCCCGGGAGUCUACUGCCUCUGUGUACUGCAUCAGGGUUAUGUUUAUACCUACAGAGUGUCCAAGACAGAAACUGGGUCCUGGAGUGCUGAGACAGCGCCCGGGGUCCACCGGAGGCUCUUUCGGAAAGUGCACAACCUCAUUUCGGCCUUCCAGAAACCUGACCAAGGCAUCAUAACGCCCCUGCAGCACCCAGUCAUCAACUACGCGAACGCCAAAUACUCCCCAGGGAGAAAUGAAGGCCAUGACUUCCACCUGCAGCCAUCAUGA